AUGGCAGGGUCGAUCAGUACAGAGGCCUCUGUGGAUUCUGCUUUACAUCAAGCACUUAAAUUCCAUAAUGAACGUGUCUCUAUAAUUAAUGAAGACCCUUCAUCAAAGACUUUUUUAUUUUGGUUUGUCGUCUCAUGUUAUUUCCCUGUAAUAACAGCCUGUUUGGGUCCGAUUGCAAACACCAUAUCAAUCGCUUGUGUUGUGGAACGAUGGCGUAGUAAUAGAAUUGAAUAUAUUGAUCAUGGAAUUAAUGGAGUUCAAGCAUCACCAGUAAAAGUAGCUGAUCCAAAAGGUAUAUUUGCAGUAAAUAUUUUAUCUCUAGUGUUUGGAUUCAUUUCAAAUGCUGUUUUGAUUAUGCAUUUCACAAGAAAAUUGAGUUAUUUAAAGUCUCAAGCGAUAAAUAUCACUGGUUGGUCAUGCGCAGGUUGGUUAUUAUUAGCUGAUGUCAUAUUUUGUUCUAAAAAUGAUAUGCCAGAUGGUUUUCACAGAACUAUCGGUUUUUGGUUUGCCUGUUUCACUUCAGGUCUUUAUUUAGCAUGUGCAGGGACUCUAUCGCUACAUUUCAUUGGGUUUAGAUUAGGUAAAUAUCCAGCUACUUUCAAUUUAUUUACUAAUGAAAGAAGUAUCAUUUUAUUUACAGUCCUAUUAUCGCUAUGGCUGAUUUGGGGAUCUGCAAUGUUUUCGGGUUUAAUAGGAGUAUCCUAUGGGAAUGCACUUUAUUUUUGUACAGUAUCUCUAUUAACUGUAGGGUUUGGUGAUAUUUUACCACCAAGUGUGGGGGCUAAAAUUAUGGCUUUGAUCUUCUCGGUAAGUGGUGUUUUAUUAUUAGGUUUGAUUGUCUUUAUGACAAGAUCAAUUAUUCAAAAAUCAUCAGGUCCAAUUUUUUAUUUCCACAGACUUGAAACUACUCGUGCUAAGACUUGGGAUAAAGUUAAUAAUGGGAAAUUGAAAUUAACUAACAAAGAAUCAUUUGAAUUGAUGUCCAGAUAUAAACAUUCAACUAAACUUAGAGAACACUUAUUUUCUUUAAUGAUAACCACAAUUGUUUUCUUAAUGUUUUGGUUGCUUGGUGCAAUGGUAUUUCAUUACGCAGAAGGUUGGUCAUAUUUCAAUUGCAUGUAUUUUUGUUUCUUAUGUUUAAUAACCAUUGGAUAUGGUAGUGAUUUUGCACCAAAGACAGGUGCCGGUAGAGCAUUCUUUGUUGUUUGGGCAAUUGGUGCAGUUCCAUUGAUGGGUGCUAUAUUAUCCACAUUAGGUGAUGUCCUAUAUGAUACUGCCAACAAAUUGGAUACUGAUUUCGCUAGAAGGUUUGGAUUUGCUAUCAAAUAUAUGAUCGUCAAUACUACCGUUAAUGCUGCUCGGGCAGAGAGGACUCAUCUAAGACAUGGUCAUCAUAAUCAUCGUCAUCAUCAUCAUCAUUUGAAAGUUCGGAAGUUGUUCGUCACACAGGAUUCUGUGGUUGACUCGGUUGAUGACGCUCAGGAUAUAGGUGGAACACCAGAAUUGACUACUGAUUUAGCAUAUAAGAUAGAUAAUGGUAACGAAACAUACCCGGAGGAUAAUACUACUGGUAGUACAACUGGUAUCUCAACAAGGGAAUCUUAUUUACGAGGUCAUAAUAUUGAUAAUGAUAAUGAAGACCAACUAAGAUCUAAUAAUGAAACGGAUUUAGAAGCUCAACCGGAAGCCUAUUCACGUCGUAAUAGUAUGAAGACGGAGGUUUCCACGAGCCACAGAGGCGACGCUUCAGAUGAUUCUAUCGAUCCCUUGGAGGUAAUCAAUCUAUUGACAGAUAGGGAUAGCAUACAGACUAAAGACGCUCUGUUUUAUAAAUUGGAAGAUUUGCAACGACAAUUAAUUGAUUUAAGGAAAUUGCAUCAAUUAUCUAUCACAAAUCCAGAUUAUUCUUUAAGUUUUCAACAAUGGACAAAUUUAAGAAUACUUAAUAAACAUUCACUUAAUGAACAAAAUAACAGUAUAGAUUUAGAAGAAUCGAAUUUCUGGUUAUCUGCAAAUACACCAUUAAGGUUCCCAUUGAACGAACCGCAUUAUGCAUUUAACAGAUUGUUUCGACAUAUUGAUGUACAGAUAGAUCGUCUGUUACAUGAUACAAGGGAUGCGAUUAACGAUACAGGUAAUUCCACACAAUCAUAUUUUGGAUUACAAGAACAGCCUUUUCCAGCUUCUACACAGAAACGUAGAAAUAGAGCAUUUACUAACCAAUCUUUACCCAUACAUUGGAACGAGGAUAUAUUCCAAUCUGUGGAUCCUGAUAGAUCUUUCCUGAGACCAUCAUUAUCAGGAAAAGGGGACGAUGAAUCAUUAGCGACAUCAAAUUCCAGUGAGACUCCGGAUUUCACACCUGAGUCAUGA